AUGUCUCGUGUGUUGUGUUUGCUCGCUUUGUUGUUGAGUGUUGUCUCUUUGUGUGUGACAGCUGAGACCGGUUCUUCUUCUUCUAAAGCUGCUACUGGUGGUAGUUGUCUUGAAGGUUCUGAACCUUCUGGUGAGGGUAAUAAUUGCUCGCCCACUCCUCCUGAAGGUGGUUGUCCUGAAGGCGAGGGUGUUUCACAGUGCACGAAUAAAACUGUGGGAACUGAAGUUGCUCGUCCUGAUGAAUGUACGGAAGUUACAGAGAAAGGCAAUUGCGUAACUAGUGAUCGUGACACUGAAGGCAAUUGUCGUGAUGGAUCUGGUCCUUCUUGUCCUACAAGCAGACGAACGGAACAGGCGUCUCAACGUGAACGCGGUACUAUUGGUUCUCCUGGUCCUGCUGCUUCUCCUGGUCCUUGUGCUGCUGCUGAUGGUGCUACUGGCGUUCCUUGUCCUACUGUUGCUAGUAGUUCAUCUGGUGAGGGUACUAAUAAUCAACUUCAAACUAAGCCUUCCGUGCAAACACUUGCACCAGCUGAAACAGCAACACCUGCCGGAAGUAUUGCUCAAGAAGGCCCACUACCUCCUUCCGAUGAACCUGGUACUGAAGCUUCUGAUUCUCCCGGUAAAGGAGCUGGAGCUGGUGCUGCCGGUUCUGACGCUGCUGCCUCUGAGAGGAGUGGUGGUGCUGCGCCUGCAGGAGAGCCGCAACCUGGAGAGAGUGGAAGAAAUGAAAAUGGAACAGCGAAUACAUCUUCCCCUCCCAAUUCAAACACUGAGGGUAGCAGUGGUUCUGAUGGUGGAACAGUUGAGCACGAACGUACAUCUGCAGAGGGUGAAACAACAGGCACCCAAGAAGGAAAUGUGGGAAAUACAGAUACAACCACCUCCACCACUACCACCACCACAACCACCACCACAACAACACUUCCUCCUGAACUCACAAACAACAAGAAGGGUGAUGCAGACAGUAGCAGCAGUAUCAGCAGUUCUGUGUGGGUGCGUGUACCACCGCUGCUGAUUGUGGUUACACUGUCCUGUAUUCUUGUGUGCUGA